AUGUCGCAUCCGGACGAGCGACCUGGCGAGGACGGGCCCAUCGAUUUUACCCGUCCGCGUACCCCCAGUACCCCAGCAUCAGACUACGCGUCACCAAGUUAUGACCAUGGUCUUCCUCUAGAUGCUGCUGCACCGAGCGAACCCCAAGACGGCCUGGGUUACGGUCACGCACCACACGCAAUGCUUCCAGAAGAGGAGGGACGGUCUGUGCCACAGAUUUCCCUUGCCGAGGCCUCACCUAGACCCCCUCCCCUUGCGCUUGCGAACGCUCGGUCCGUCUCUUUCCAAAGUGAUGGGCCAGAGCCCAUGAACCACCCCCUCGUUGACCCUCCUUUACACUCACCAGUGACCCUCGACGCGCCCUCGCCGGCAACCCAUGAGGGGUCCUCCACCUCGAUCCUCCUGCCCCAAAAUCCUCCCGACUCGGGCGGCGGCUGGCGUGUUCCAGCUGCGAUGCUGCGACCUGACACGGCCGAUGUCGACGAUGACACCGAUUACCCUACGCGGGAGUUUGAUGCUGAGGAGCUGUCUGACUCUGGCAAGAGCUCCGAGGCGGAGGACGACGUAUUCGCUUUCAACCGCCCAACCACGGCGCGCGCCGCCACUGGACCACCCGCAACCACGAGCCGGAAGCGCAAGAGACUGGUCACGACGCCUGGUACUGCGCCGUAUGCAGGUAUCGACAUGGCGGGGCACAUGCAGGACAUCGACUAUGACCCAACGCACCCGCCCAUCUUCAGUGGCCGAUUCAAUCUGAACAAUGAGCCAUUCAACAGAUUCCGACAGUGGAAAGACGAGCAGAAUGCCUCGACUUCUGGGACGACGGCCGUAAGCCCGCGGCCUGCAACGCAGAUGACGGCAAUGAGUGCUGUGUCUUCGGCACCGCCGCCGACUGGUGACACCGAGGCGGUCGUGCAGACCGCAACCCGCGGACGCCGCUUGAGGCGCGCAACGUCCGACUCGGUGAGCGUCAUCUCGACCGAGUCCGAGGGCAUUGAAUCGCUGCGCGACACCCGCCGGCACUCCAUGCCCAUGACCGAGCUCAGUGGCGACAUGACGGUUCCGGACGGCAAGACGACGUGGGGCGACGGCAUCGGCGGCGCAUACAAGGGGACGAGCGACAGCGACGGUGUGACAGGCAUGGAGGACUGGGAGGAGGACAGCCCGUAUGCCGAAGUGCGCGCGAGUGUGUCCAACAUCGAUGACCCCGACAUGCCCGCCCUCACGCUCCGGUCCUUCCUACUGGGCAUGGUGCUGUGCAUGACAUGCUCGGCCGGCAACACCUUCCUCAGCUUCCGCAACCCCUCCCCACAGUUCCCCAUCCUCAUCGUGCAGAUCAUCGCUUACCCGAUUGGCAAGUUCUUGGCGUGGUCCCUCCCACUCCACGAGUACCACGCUCCCCACUGGCUGGGCGGCUUCCGCUUCAGCCUCAACCCCUGUCCAUUCAACGUCAAGGAGCACACGAUCAUUGUCAUGAUGGCCACCGUGGCCAUUCUUCCCGCGUACGGACUGUACUCGAUCACCUCGCUGGACCUGUUCUACAAGACUCCUCUAGGCAUCGGCUUCAACUUCACAUACAUUCUCGCCACCCAGGUGACCGGUCUGACGAUCGCAGGUAUUGCGCGCCGCUUCGUUGUGUGGCCGGCAUCCAUGCUGUGGCCAGGUGUGCUCGUCUCCACCACCAUCCUCAACACAUUGCAUGCCGACUCGGACAUUGGCACUGGCGGCAUGAGCCGCCAGCGCUUCUUCAUGAUCAUGUCGAUCUUGGCCUUCUUCUACUACUUCCUUCCGGGCUACCUGUUCUCCGCCCUGUCAUACUUCUCCUACGCGACUUGGAUCGCGCCUCGCAACCACGUCGUCAACCAGCUCAUGGGUGUCCGGACAGGGAUGGGCAUGGGUAUCCUCUGCUUCGACUGGGCUCAGAUCUCGUGGGUCGGCUCUCCUCUCGCUGCCCCGUGGUGGGCCCAGGUCAACAUUGGCAUCGGUUUCCUCAUCUUCUACUGGCUUAUCACCCCGCUCAUGUACUACACCAACGUCUGGUACACGCGGUUCCUACCAAUCUCUGCUGUGCAACCGGCAGACCGCUUCCAGAACGUGUAUGACGUCGAAAAGGUCCUCGGAACGGACAACAAGCUUAAUCUCACCGCAUAUGCUGCAUAUUCGCCCGUGUACCUUACGGCGUCAUUCACCAUGACAUACAUGCUCGCGUUUGCCCUCACCACUUCGCUUAUCGUGUACACGGCCCUCGUACACGGGCCCCGCCUGUGGCGCAUCUUGUGGAGAAUGUCGACCGAGCCCGACGACAUCCACAUGAAGCUCAUGAAGAAGUACCGCGAAGUCCCUGAUUGGUGGUAUGGCACAAUCUUCUUGGCCUGCGUCGCGAUGGGCGUUGUAAGCGUCAAAGUGUUCAAUACCGGACUCCCCGUCUGGGGCUACUUUGUUGCCGUUGCCAUGGCCUGGACGUACAUUGUACCGGUCGCAAUCAUCUUCGCCAUGUCCAAUCUCGAGCCGACGUUCAACCUCAUUGCCGAGCUGAUUCCGGGCUACGCCUUCCCCGGCCAGCCAAUCCCUGGCAUGGUGUUCAAGACCUUUGCCGUUCAGACCCUCGCCGAGUCGCUCUACUUCACACGCGACAUGAAGCUCGGACAUUACAUGAAGGUCCCGCCGCGCUCCAUGUUCAUCUGUCAGAUGGUUGCUUGCUCGCUCUCGUGCCUUGUUCAGGUCGGCGUGAAAGAGUGGAUGUUCCGCACCAUUCCCGACCUCUGCCAACCCGGUCAGCGUGCGCAGCUCAUCUGCCAGAACGCGUACACCAGCUUCACCGCUAGCAUCAUUUGGGGUCUCAUCGGACCUGCCCGACUCUUCUCCAAGGGCGGCAUUUACAAUCCGCAGUUGUGGAUGAUGCUCGUCGGCGCUGUUGUGCCAAUCCCGUUCUGGCUGUACUGCCGGCGCUACCCCCAGUCGAUUGUACGCCACAUCAACCCUUCGAUCGUCUUCGCCGUGUGUCUUUCGAUCCCUCCUGCAUCCGGUAUCAACAUUGCGUCCUUCCUUGCUGUUGGGUUCGUGUUCCAGUUCUGGAUGCGCCGCUACUACUUUGCGUGGUGGGCACGAUACAACUAUGUCCUGAGUGCCUCGCUCGACGUUGGCACCAUCGCUGGCCUCCUCGUCAUCUUCCUCUGCCUCCGCCUCCCCAAGGCUGAUCUCGUGUGGUGGGGCAACACGGUGUACCAGAGGACCCUCGACUGGAUGGGCGAGGCACGCGACAAUCUCCCCGAAGGCAAGCUCUCCUUCGGUCCCGACACGUGGAAGCUCUAG